UCGAAUCCCCGUAAUAUGAUCUCGUAGGCGUGACUACAUUCCUCUCUUUCCUCCCCUACAGUCUCUCUCCAUUCUCAUCCCGUUCACCUGUGCACCGUUGCAUGGGCACAGAUAGUGGUACGGGAAGAGGAGUGAAGCCCAGUUUUGUUAGUUCUUCCCACCUCCCCCCCCCCCCCCCCGUCCGUUCGUAUUGCGUCUCAAGUUGAGGCAGAAAAAGAAAGAAGAAGGAAUAAGAAGCAACCCGGCCGUAAAAGGCCCCCUGGCGGUCAGGUCCAGCAAGGAAACCCAAACACGUGUGGCCGCCCGCAUGGCUGUGGCUGGGUGGGUGGGCCGGCCUCCCACGUCAACUUCUUUCGACCAGUACCCACCAGAACAGAGCAUUGCGAGGAAACAAAAAGGAUUUGGGACAUUGCGGGCAGAGCAAGUCUUGUACCACGUUGCAGCAGAAGCAAGAGAAAACGCUCAGCUGGUGUGCUACGAGACACUGUGGGCUGCCUCGUACGUGAAUCAACAGAGUCAGAAACGGAGGGGAGGCGUUAUCGAUCUAACCUAGCAUCGUAUUCUGUCCCGCUUUUGUAUGGAUGGGGGGCACCAGCGUUGCACAACAUGAUGCGCCUCUAAUAGUCUGACGUGCCAUGGAAGUUCUCCAGAAGCCCCUGAGAAUCUUCCGAGAGAGCAACCACCGUGCAGCUGCGUUCCUCCUUUCCCGUACUGCGACGAGUCUGUCUGUUUAUGUGUGUGCCUCUCUCUUGGUCUCUCUCUUUUUGUUCUUCUCCGUUCGUCAUCGCGAAAUUAUCGUGACAGAUAGAGAGAGAGAGAGAGACAGAGAGUAGAGCUUCUCGUAGUCCCAUGAAUGACGGUGGGCAACGUGAUGGAUGGUGAACGGUGAUUCUUGGACUCGUUGGCGUUUGUACGAGGGGUUCCGCCCCCCUUACCAUGAUCGACAGGACGAUGGAGGACGACGGCGGAAAAAGGGCGUUUGUGGCGGAGAUCAGAUGAUGACGUGAAGUCAGCUAGGCUGGCUCAAUAUUAUGGAAGU